AUGGAGACAAACCAGCCCCCAGUGGUGCAAGCGCAAGUGGUGCAGGCUACGGUUGUGGGCCAGCCAGUGGCGGCCGGGCCGUACGCCGGCAGCCCCCAGUACGGCACCCCCCAGUAUGGCAGCCCCCAGUAUGGCGGCCAGUAUGGCGGCGCACCCCAAUAUUACGCCGGCCAGCCCAGCGCGGACCAGCAAGGUGCCCAAAGUGGUUGGAUGAUGUACGGCCUGGGCUGGUUCUUGUGCUGCUGCUUCGGACCCAUUGGACCAAUCUUUUGGUUCGCGGUUGCCUGCAUGCAUUUCUGCAAGCCGGAGGAGCAGCGAAAGAUGCUUCCGCAGGAGCGACAAGUUGCCUGUACGUCGCUCUGGACCGCCAUCAUUGCCCUUGUCCUGGAGGUGGUUCUGAUCAUCGUCCUUGUGGCCUUUGUGUUCACCGCGGCGAGUACUACGAACGGCUACUACUACAGCUACAGCUCAUACUCCUCGUCGUUCCGUUGA